AUGGAGCGACUGACGUCCUCCAAGAGCCUCGGGUUGGCCGGGUGGGGCAACCCGACGCUGCAUCAGAGCGGCUUCACGCUGUUCCUGCGGGUGCACUCGGCCCGUAGCCUGGCGGCGGUGGGGCGCGGCUCGUACUGCAAGAUCUACCUCGGCAACACGGAGCUCGUGAAUGGGUCGGCUCAGGGCGGCGCGUCCUUCAGCAACCUCCUGGCUGCAGACAACGCGCAGCAACAACAGAUUCAGGUAAUGCAACCGACACACCGAGUCUUCCGAACGAAGGUGCUGUAUACCGACCAGAAGUCGUGCCCCGAGUGGAACGAGAAGCUCGAGCUCCACGUGCUGAACCCAGAGACAGAGAUCUUGACUAUUAGAGUCAAGAACCAGUUGAUGCUCUUCUGCCCCGCUAUUGGGGCGUGUGCGAUUCCUCUGGCAAAUGUAACGCUGGGGGAGCCGGCCGAGCAGUGGUUCCCACUGCACAAAAGCGGCAAGCCGGCGGGUCACAUCCGUCUUCAGUUGCUGCUGACUCGGAAGGACCCGACGGUGACUCCCCCUCCUGCAGUGAGCGAGUCGCCUAUGCAGAGGCUUAUCCAGCAACAUUGCCAGCAAGAACGCGAGCGGCGUCAGCAGCUGCAGAGUGACGAUUCCAUGAGACGACGGCAGUUUGAAGAGCAGGAGCGAAUGCAGGCAGAGCUGAGACGACAGAGGGAGGAAGCGGAGGAGAGGGAGCGGAACCGAAUCGAAGACUUGGCCGGGAUGCAAGCCAUACAAGACCAGAUCCAGCGCGAGGAGCAGGCCAAGGUGCAAGCGUAUUUGCAGAAGCAGAUGGAGCAUGAAGAUACCUGGCAGGCAGACGUGCUUGCUGAGAAGAUGAGCGCGGUUAAGGUGGAGGACGCUCCGGAGGAUUCGACUAAAGAAUCGACUAAUGGGACCAACUACCACUUUGCUGACGACGUGGUGACAGCUUCGAUAAGGUCAUCGACAUCGUCGGUGGGGUUGAAGCAGAGCUUUAAUGCUACUCAGGAAGACAACCGUCGUGGGGAAGUUGCUGAAGCUGUGGAGCUGAAGGACGCGGUCUUCGGAGAGGUGGUGCACGACGCCUUGCCGUCGUCGGAUUCGUCAUCGUCAGAUAGAGGCGGCAAGCGGCGCAGCAACCAGCGGAAGGAGAAGGAACGUCGCAAGAAACACUCAAGAAAGCAGACUCGGAGCGUGAAAGAGGACAAAUCGAGUCGUACUCAAGCUCCUCUCUUUCCAUCAGCCUACGAGGAGGAGACUCGCUACAGAAAAUAUUCGUCGGCGUCGAUAGCUGAGUCGUCCAGUUCUUCAGAGGAAUCGACGUCGUCUGAAGAAGAGCGUCGUCGGCGACGUCGCCGCCGCAAGGAGAAGAAGGCCAAGAGGAAGGAGCGCCGUCGCAGACGCAAGGCCAAGCGCAAAGCUCGUCGGGAGUCGGACGGAUACGAGUCUUCUUCUUCGUCGUCGUCGUCUUCAUCGUCGUCUUCGCCAUCGUCAUCCUCAUCAUCCUCGGACGAGCGUCGCAAGCGCAAAGCGAGAAAGCACAAGAAAUCGAAGGAGACGGCUCGAUCUCAGCGCGAAGGCAAGGCUAGCUCGAUGCCGCGGGCGCGCGCCCCGCCUCACUCCCACUCGUAUGGACCUGACCACUCAAGCUACUCGAAGGAAUCGAAGAGCAAGUACAACGAUCCCGCUACACCGUUCGCGCGACCUGCGCAAUCGCCGUUUGCAGCUUCUUCACCCCCAGGCUACAUCGAGGCACUGCCUCCGCAGCCUCAACAGAAACGAUCGAUGGGGGAGAUGGCCAGCACUGCUGCAGAUGUGGCUUCAAUUUUAUCGAGCGUGGCUUCCGUGGCGACAAGCGUUCAGCAAUUGGCAGGCGGUGGGGACGCCGGUGGAGGUGCAGGUGGCUUGAACAUUCCGUUCGCGGUGCCCGACAUGAGCCAAUUUCUCGGAGGCCAGGAUUUGUCGGGGCUAGCGGGCCAAGACUUCUCGGGCUUAGUUGGGUCUGAUUCGACGGCGCAGUACUUCUAG